AUGGGAUCGGGCGACUGGACUCAGGAGAAAGAUGCAACCAAUGAUAACAACACCACUUCGACCGUUCAGGAGGCCGAGAUCCAUUUUCCUUCAGGCAUCAUCCUGGUCCUCAUCGUCAGUGGCCUAUUGCCGAGUAUGUUCCUCGUCGCUUUGGAUAUGAGCAUUAUUGCUACGGCUAUUCCAAGCAUCACGUCCCAGUUCAGCAGGAUGGAAGACAUUGGCUGGUACGGCAGUGCGCUCUUCUUGACGCUGGCGUCGUUCCAGUCCAUGUGGGGCAAGGCAUACAACAUGGCCCUGGUCAUCGAUCGUGCCAUACAGGGUGCGGGCGGUGCAGGCUUGACAGGUGGUUGUUACACCAUCGCCGCUUUUGUUGCGCGCCCGGCCAAGGUGCCCAUAAUCAUCGGUCUGCUCGGGUCAACGUUCAGUCUUGCCAGCGUGGUGGGACCUCUUCUUGGAGGCGUCUUCUCCGAGUGUGUCACAUGGCGUUAUUGUUUCUACAUCAACCUCCCCAUUGGCGGCGUUGCUGUGCUCACCAUGCUCCUUUUCCGAACCCCGGAACGCGCCAAAAACCAUUACAAGAUGGGCUUCAAAGAGACUAUAAUCAACUCUGACCUGCCUGGUCUCGUGCUUCUGCUCUGCAGUCUCAUAUGCUUCUUCUUGGCGCUGCAAUGGGGCGGCGUCUCCAGGGAGUGGAGCUCUGGCACCAUUAUUGCCCUAUUGGUCCUCUGGAUUCUUUUAACUGUUGCCUGGCUUUGUGUUGAGUUGUUCCAGGGCGAGAAAUCUUUGGUUGCUCCACGAAUACUACGCAGGCGGGCUAUUGCUUCUUGCUGUGCCUUCAUUUUCUUUCUCAACGCCGCCAAUUUCUCUCUGAUUUAUAAUCUCCCCAUCUACUUUCAGUCUAUCGCUGGGGACAGCCCACUCAUUAGCGAUGUCAAGGUCAUACCGACCAUUUUAUCCACUUCACUUAGUACUGUGGUUUCCUCUUCCUUGGUAGGAAGGGUCAACCACUACCAAGCAUUUCUUUUGAUCGGUGCGGUGUUUGUUACGAUAGGAAGUGGCUUGAUCUACACGUUCGGCUUCGAUACAGCCUCGGGUCCAGUCAUCGGCUACCAGGUCCUGUAUGGUGUUGGCACAGGUCUCUCAGUGCAGAUCCCCGUCAUCGUCGCAGGGGCCACGAGUACCGCAUCAGACUCGGCCGUUACUUUGUCCACAGUGCUCUUCUUUCGGUUCGUCUCUGCCGCCUACGGAGUCGGUGCAACGGAUGCCAUUUUGAACAACGUCAUCCUCAUCAACGCUCCCGGAAAUAUAGGAGGAGCUGAUAGGCACGACGUGCUUAGCGUCGGCGCUGGCGGUCUCGAAGGAGCGUUUCAGGGCGACCUGCUCCGUGGAGCGCGCAGUGCGCACCUUGAUGGCCUGCACGCAAGCUGGGCUUUGGCCAUUGCGUUGUUUGGUGUCACGUUCCUUUGUGUGCUCGCCCCGACUGGUGUCGGCAGGCUAUCUCCCAUGAAAGUUCCAGAUGAGAAGAGCAGUCAGGAAGAAGCCGUCGUUGUGCAAGGUUGA